GGCUGACUGCUGAGCACAACGAAAAUGGCGACUUCCCUAGCCGUCUGAAAACGUCAAACAACGCAGUUUGUCACAAUAAAAUUGUAAUAGUAAUAGAAUAACAAUAAGAAUUGGAUAAGAGAUUCUUCGCAUUUUUAACAGUUCGGUUUUUUCACCGUGACGCUUUCGGCGUUCAAUAUGCGAGCCGUGUACAGUGAUUGUUUCAUUGCAGCCUUAAUUAUCCAAUUUAUGACUCAAGUCCAUGUCUCGAGCCAACGUGUAGUCGUAUCGAACGACGGACCCACCAUACUUGGGGGCUCGAUAACCUUCAGAGCUGAUAUCUACUGGGAUGACGGAAGCAGACCAUCGGGAACUUUUUCAUAUAUCUGGAAAGAUGACGCGUUGAAUCCGCAUGAGUAUACGUCCCCAAACACAGGGAACACAACUUCUUAUUGGACCGUCACAUAUCCAGUUGAUAGAAACAGCGUUGGAUCGUAUCGGCUGAGGCUGGUUGUGGAGAAGAGGAUUUGGCCAAUUUGGAGAGUCUUUGGGAAUGCGAUGAUUGAUUACAAAGUGACAGAACUUCUUAAUGGCAACAUGACACUGACUCAGUCAAACGAAGCCAUCAAUGGCGACUACAUCUCGUCCAACUCGACAACAGAUUUGAGAAUUAACUUUCGCAAGGGUGAUUACGACUUUGUUAAGGCUAAGGGUGCGAGCUCGAUUAUGACCUUCUGGUUUAUCGACUGUAAAUCGUUUGGACCGUCUCCGAAUUUCACGUUCAAUCACCAUUUUUCGGAAGUAAAUACGACCCAAGUUAUCGAAGCCCUGGUUGUCGUCUCUUACGAUCCACCCGUUACCACUACCACAUCCGCGCCAACAACCGUAGCUCCACUCACCACUACAUCGGUCCCAAACACAACGACAUCGACCACGCCAAGCACAACUACGACGACUUUGCCUAGCACCGCAUCGUUAGCGCCAAAAGUUGAAUCUAACGCGACGAUGUAUUCCUCAGCUUUCUUCACAUGCUCAAACGCCACUAAUAUUCCCCAGGAUCCAAAUAAGACUUACGGUUAUUUCGCGAAAACGGUCAAGGUCAGAGCGCCCAUCUCAAACAUUACCGUCUCCGGUACAAACUGGCUUCAGCCCUGGGAGAUGCUGUCCUUGAACGUGAGCUGCAAAGGCUCUGGUCCUUUCAAAGUAUGCCUUUCGAUACAUCCGGGUAACUACAACAUUACGGGAAAUGAAACCUGCGAGGCUGGUACGAUCUUGGAGAACUGCAGCUUCCCGAUAAUCCAUUACUUUCUCGAAGCCAGCGUCUACACGUACCUUGUGGUGUUGGAAAACGACGUCAGCAUUCAACGCUACCCUCUGACUAUAAAUAUAUACAAAGUUACCACUAAACCCCAACUUUCCGUAAUAGUCGUGCCUGUCUCCUGCUCUCUGGCAGCUAUGGUUUUGAUAGUUUUUGGUAUCGCUUACUACAUGCAGAGCCGCGCCAGGUUCACCGUCGAAGUGGCAGACUUUGAUUUUGGACAGCACAAUCCUGAGUUGGAAUAUAAAACUUUUACCGAGAGAUUGCGGGACUCGAUUAACAGCUCACUACGGCCCGGAGGAGAUAGAAUAAAUGGGUACGAGGCACUGAAUAAACCGCUCCUAGAGUAACAAAGAGUAACAAUUAG